ACAAAGUUUGGACUAGCUUGGCACCCGUACUUCGCUGACAGCUGUACUUGGGUCGGUUAUAUUUGUAUGAACUCGUGUUGCAGGCAGUUUUUCCUCAGAAAUACUCCACAAUGGCUUUUCAGUGUCAGCGGGACUGCUAUAUGAAAGAGUUUGUUACCUCUGUAGUGUCCUGCUGCCCAGCUGAGUUAAAGCAAGAAGUCGGUGGAAAGAAAGAAACUCUGAAGGGGUUCAAUGUAAAGCUCCAAGACACCAUCUUGUUUCCUGAGGGAGGUGGCCAACCAGAUGACCACGGGCUGAUUGGAGAUGUCCCAGUCCUGAGGGUGACGAGGCAGGGACCAGAAGCCGUGCACUUUGUGUGUUCACCCCUGGAGGUGGGUCAGGAGGUGCAAGUGAAGGUGGACUGGGAGAGGAGGUUUGACCACAUGCAGCAACACUCAGGUCAGCAUUUGGUCACAGCACUGGCAGAUACAAUGUUCGGAUUCAAGACCACAUCCUGGGAACUGGGGCGUCAGAGAAGCACCAUUGAGCUGGACACUCCCUGUGUGAAGCCUGCUCAGGUCCAAGCACUGGAGGAAGCUGUUAAUGAGAAGAUCAGAGCUCACGUACCCGUCAUUGUUCAGCUUCUCUCUAUAGAUGACCCUGCUGUGGAAAAGGUGAGGAGUCGGGGGCUGCCAGAAGACCACGCAGGACCGAUUCGGAUCAUUGAUAUCGAGGGUGUUGAUGCCAACAUGUGCUGCGGGACCCAUGUGUCAAACCUCAGUCACUUACAGGUAAUAAAGCUACUGGGAACUGAGAAAGGAAAGAAAAAUAAAACUAACCUGAUCUUCCUGGCAGGAAACAGGGUACUGAAGUACGCAGAGAAAAGCUACAGCACAGAGCGCUCGCUGGUGUCUCUUCUGAAAACCGGACCUGAUGAGCAUGUGGAGGCAGUUGACAAGUUGCAGAAGUCUGUUAAGCUACUACAGAAGACUAACCUGAGCCUGCUGAGAGACCUGGCUGUCCUCAUCGCUCAGAACUUCAAGAACAACCCCCAGAGAGGAAACUUCUUCAGCUUGCACAAAAAAGAGGGUGACAAUGAGUUCAUGAAUAUCAUUGCCAAUGAAAUAAACACUGAGGAAACCUUGGUUUUCCUCACAGUAGGAGAAGAAAAGGGACCUGGUUUGUUUCUACUGGCUGGACCCAGUGGACCAGUGACUGACAUGGGACCACGUGUGUUAGAGAUGCUUCAAGGAAAGGGAGCAGGAAAGAACGGACGUUUCCAAGGCAAAGCUAACAGCCUGGCACGAAGAGGAGAGGUGGAGGCUUUCCUGCAGCAGCACUACAAACAUCACACCUCAGAGGAAGAAUAAACCCAGCUGUGGCACAAUACAAAUACUUAUUUUAUAUUUGCUCAAGGGAAGUAAUACAUAGAUAGUUUACUUGACUGUCUUAAAUGUUUAGAUAUUUUGUGGUAAACACUACAGGAUGUGAAAGACAUUGAUUAUUCAAAUUGUAUAUAACUGUGACUUUGGUACAACAUGUGCUGUACAUACCUGAAUGUUAAAUGUCACAUACUGUUUUUAUUUAUUUAAAUCCUCAUCUGUCAGACCUUAUUUUCUGUGAUCAGGUUUUCAUUCAAGUCUUUUCCUGUUUUCUUCCAUUCCGUUUUACAUUUUCAAGUGGGAACUGAAUUACUGGAAGUGCCUGGCUCAAGGGCAUCUCAGUUUGCAAUUUAGACACAGAUAAUGAAAAAUUACUAAUCAUCCUUUCAGAGUCCUGCUGCUCAAUCUGCUGUUUCAGAUACAAAAACAUGUGUUUUUCCAAUAGAUGAGCAGACUCCAACACCUGUGGAAUAAUGUUUUAAUAUAUUAUGUAAAAUAUACAAACAAAGACAGACAAACUUGGAAUGAUUUUUCUUCCUUUAGCUGUAUUUGGCAGGAUUACGUUGAGCAAUACGAAAGAUAAAAACCCUUGUACACUGUAGUGCUAUCUAAAAGUCAUAUAAUAAAGUAGUGGAACUAUCUA